GUAUCACCUUAUCUUAGCAUAAAAAAGCUUUAAAAAUUCGGUGCUCCCGAAAAUCGCAGUAUUACUUGACUACUUAUACGUGUAAAUGGAGUGAAAUUCGUUAAUCCACCUAAUAACCUAUUUUAGUUUUUUCAUUCAACAAUAAGCUCAUUCUUGGAACUACCCCAAUGUAUUUACUCAUCAGCCUUCUGCUUGUAAUUUCGAGCACUAUUAAUGCAUUCGAAGACAGAAUUAAAGUAGAAUCAAAUUACAUAUUUGUCAAAUAUGAGCACGAAUUGAAAGGAGAAAAAUCAGGAUUCCAUCACUACAUCGACAUCGGAAUAUUCGACCGCGUAACUCCGGCAAAUUGUACAAAGGAUGCAGACUCAUUCUGCAGACAAUGGGGAGAUUUCGCAAAACUCCAAAUUACAAAAAAAGACAGCAAAUGUGAACGAUACGAGCUGACUACAAAAUACGAAAAACCAUUACAAGUACGUUUCGAUACAUCGAACGUUUAUUUGUAUGGCGGUCCGGAGCAAGAUUUGCAGAGUUGGCCAGCAGACUUCAUCGAAUACAAGAAAUACUCUUACGUGACGAAAGAACUAGACAGUCAGUCUGUAUUAGAGCCCUUAUGGUUGGUCACCAAUGGCAUGUAUUUAUACGUCGAUCAAAACACGCCUUUGUUCAUAAGUCAAAACAAAAACAAACGAUAUUUCGAACUGAUUGCCUCCAGAGAGCCUCCUUAUGUGAGGAGCAGUGGCGUAACUGAGCUUAAAUACACACUGUGUAAAUUGGAUAAUAUAAAGGAAGCAUAUAAACACGCUAUUGAUAACGUACUCGGUAAACCGAGCGGUGCACCUGAUGACAGAAUGGUAAGGUUUCCUAUAUGGUCAACUUGGGCUAAAUACAAGGCUAAAAUAGAUACCGCCACCGUGAUGGAGUAUGCGAACCUAAUCUCUGAGAGCGGAUUCCCGAAUAGUCAGUUGGAAAUCGAUGAUAAUUGGGAAUCGUGUUACGGAAGUUUGACCCCAAAUACAAACAAAUUCAAAGAUUUUAAGGGUUUAGUUGAAAAACUGAAAAAAAUGAAUUAUCGAGUAACCCUUUGGAUACACCCGUUUGUGAACUUGGAUUGUGAACCAUAUCACACCGAAGGGGUGAAGAAAGGGUAUUUUGUACGAAACCCGGCUGGGUCAGUUUCAUCGAAGUGGUGGAAUGGACCAGCUAGCGUGAUUGAUUUCACGAAUCCGGAAGCGAAGAAAUGGUGGCACGACAGAUUGGAGAUAUUAAGAAAAGAAGCUGACGUCGAUUCUUUUAAAUUUGACGCUAUCGAAAGUACUUUUGUUCCUUCGCCCCCAGUAUUCUAUAAAAUGGAAGGAGACCAUCCGGAAACCAAUUUAAAGCAUUAUAUCGAGGCUGCGGCUGAAUUUGGUCCAAUGGUAGAGGUACGAGAUGCGAGAGGCACUCAAAAACUUCCGAUUUUUGUACGAAUGAUAGAUCGUGAAUCGAACUGGGAUGGACGUUUGGCACUUAGCACGCUGAUACCUACUUUAUUACUAAUGAAUAUUUUGGGAUAUCCUUUCGUGUUGCCUGAUAUGGUUGGAGGUAAUGGUUACAACGAAAUAAUAUCGGAUGAGCUGUUUACCAGAUGGUUGCAGGCUAGUGUCUUCAUGCCAUCGAUACAGUUUUCCUAUUUGCCCUCGGAUUAUGGAGAUUUGGGAACUCGAAUGGCUAAAAAAUUUGUCAACUUACAUAUACAAUAUGCAGAUAAAAUAAUAGAAACUAUGAAAAAUUCAGUCAAAUAUGGCACCCCAGUUAAUCCUCCUCUGUGGUGGAUUGAUCCUACGGAUCCCGAAACCUAUCUAAUAGAUUCUGAAUUUUUAUUGGGUGAAGACAUCCUCGUGGCUCCUGUGGUACAACAAGGAGCACGAAGUCGAGAUAUCUAUUUACCCAAAGGAUAUUGGAAAGAUGAAGUGAAGAAAGAUAGUGAAAUAAUCGAAGGCCCUGUUUGGCUUUACAACUAUCCUGCUGAUAUCGAAGUAUUACCAUAUUUUACCAAAGUAUCGGCUCCUCCUCAUAAGAAAGAUGAUACUGACAAUAAGAAAAGUCGUGCUGACAUCACGAUGCCAACUUUGGCAAUGGUUUUUAUAACUUAUAUUUUUUGUCAAUUAUUGAACUUUAGAUCAUAGAAAUGUGAGGUAAUAUUCUCGUGAAAUAGUCAGUAAAUUUUUCUUUUUUCAUUUUAAAAUUAUCACUUAAAAAACUCGUAAGAAUUGUAACCAUCAAAUAAAAUUCCAACUUACCAUAUACCAAAGCAUUCGAUAAUUUUCAGCUCAUUUUAAACUUGAACCAACAAAAUUUGAAUUUUUCCACUCAAACUACAACAAACUGUCCACAAAACUUACCUACCACUUGUACAUUCUAUGAACUCUAAGUCACAGGCACACACUGCUUCUAAUUAUUCAUUGUUACUUGCCACCACGACAUACCAAUCCCUAUAUAAUCCGAGCUAAUUUAACAAAAAAAAAAAAUGACAAUUACCUACUCAUAUUUAUGCAAAUAGCUUGUGCCUGGAAAAAGAAAGACCUAUAAAAAAAAUACCUAUUCCGAAUAAUUUAAUUAUACGAGUAAAAGUAACCUCAUUAUAAAUACGAAUACAACCAAAACGAUUACCUAACUUCUCGAUCCUUUUUACACAUUUUUGGCAAUACAAAAAAGAGCACAACAUCGCGGAUGUUUUCAAUAAAAUAAUGAAUACGAAUAAUGAAUUAUCCAGCGAAGCGUGAAAAAUUGAAAAUUUGUCUGUAGGUAGGUAGGUACCGGAGAAAAAAAAGUCAAGGAUGUUUUUUGAAGUCUCUCCGAUACAGGUACCAAACAAAUGGAAUACUUUUAUGUUCGUGUUCGGGUGUUCAAUGCUGAUUUUGUUUCGUGUACUAAAUCUAGUUUCAGCAAUAAAUUUUUUUUAAUCGAA